AUGAAUUCAGAAAAAUUUCCAUCAACUUCUCUUGAUACGCCUCAGUUCAACGCUGAUUUAACUUCACCAUCAUCAUUGAAUCAGAUUGUUGAGUCAUCAUCGUCUCCUUACACAACUGUUGAAUUAAUAAUCAAUAAUCAACAAACGGAUGCUAUGUCUGCAACCUCACAGUCAUCUGUGAUUGCCGAGAAACGUGUCAAGACUCGUGCUAAGAGACGUGCUAAGAAUCGCUUAUCGCGCAGUGCUAAUACACUGCUUAAUUUGCAAGAAUCGAAUCAAGAUUUACGUGAACGUUUCAAGUAUCUAUCUUUUGCACUUUGUUUCAACACUCUUUUAUUAUUCCUUGGUGUCGCACCAGUCGUUGCUUUUCCUUUGACAUAG